UGGAUAUUGAAUUUACCACGUGUUCAGGUGUGGCGUAUUUGAAAAACGUUCGCACAUCUAAGGGAUAAUGGCUCCUGUGAGAAAAAGUAUUUCUCAACUUGCUCCUGAUCGCUUUUCCAAGAAACAUAUCCACAAUGAGGACGGCUCGAUGUUGGUUGUCAGUAAAAAGGUGAAGAAUAUGCUGAAACAAGAUCUAAAAGCAAAGACCACCGAUAUGCUGGUUGAUGACUCCACUUUCGAAGUAAGAACAAAUCAUAAGGAAUCCAAACCGUUAUUCAAACAAACCUUAGACGAAACACGUUCUGUUACUCAAUUCAAUAAGUGUCUAGCUAAGACUUCCGCACGUUCACUAACAGAUGAUGCUAUUCAUCGGGUUGUGAAAAAAAUUCCAAAGCGAAAGCGUCAUAAGCUAAGGCUGCAGUCCUAUCUUAGUCGUAAUACAAACUUACAAUCAGCUUUACAGUCUAUGGAACAAAAUUUAAGAACAGAUAAAUUGCUUGAUGUACAGUUUCCUACUGAUCAGUCAAUUUUCAAAAAACUCGGUGACCAAAAAGCAAAAUCGGAUCGUUCACAGAAAGUAAAGGAUAGUCGUACAAAAAAUAAAAAACCGUUGUCCAUAAACGUUCUUGAUUCCUUUCGAAGUCUACUCCAACAAUUUCGAUGAAGUGAUUUCUUUUUCGUUGAUAAAUGCAUUCUCAAAAAGUCUAGUUUAUUUGUAAAUACGGAAAAUAAUGAUUGGUAGCUCGAUGACGCUGCUGAUAUCAUUUGUAUUCUUAGUGAUAUCUUCAUGUACAUACAUACUUUUUACGAAUAAACAUAUAAAAUGAUCGA